AUGCGACUCAUGAUUAUCUCCGGCUCUGGAGGCAUGGGUAUUGGCGAGGGAGCUCCCAUCUGCGCCGACCAGAUUGCCCUCACCCGAAUUCCUGGCCUCAUCUUCGAGCUGAAGCUCCUCACCCAGGGCUACGCGAACGACACUCCCACUCCCACCCGCGACAUGGCCAAGCUCAUUGCGCGCCGUGGCGCUGAUCUUCUCGCCGCGUACUUCAAGGUCGUCGCUACUGCCAGCAACGGCAGGAACGCCCUGGUCGAUCAGAAUCACCAUCUGGCCUGGGUCCCCGCGCUGCGAAGCCUGGUCAAGGAGAAGAGAUGGGCUGAGUUUCCGGACGUCAAGAAUCAUCACGUCCAGGCUGUCAUGAUCGCCAUCGGAGACGCUCGCAAGCGCUUCAUCGACGAGCUCACCGUCAUCCCCGCUCCUCCCGACUGCGAGCAUUACAAGACCUUCCACGACCUCGUUGAUCGCUUCAACAUUGAUCGAAUUGGCCAAACGGGCUCCUCUAGCUCCUUUCCCGCGAUUCCUGCUGCUCCGGUCGCCCCUGCCCAGUCCGCCGUUCCGUCUGCCUUUCAGAUCUCGGCGAACCAUCUUCAGUCUACUGCAGACCAGAUGAUCCGGGAUGCUUUCGCUGCACUCCAGAACAGCGACCAGCAGAGUGAUCAGAUCAGCAACGGUCUCCAGACCUCGGCAGACCAGCUCCAGGCUGCUGUGACCAAAACAAUUCAGGACGCACUUGAUGCUUUCAACGCCAAUGACAAGGUCAUUGAGACCAUCACUCAGCAGACCGACCAGGCCAACAAAGCCGCUCAGAUGGCCCAGACCGACAUCAUGGCCCUCAGAGCCAAGUAUGAGACCGCUCAGAAGCAGAGCGAGAAGAUGAAGGACGAGCAUGACAAGAUGAAGGACGAGCAUGACAAAAUGAAGGAUGAGCGUGACAAGAUGAAGGAUGAGCGUGACAAGACGAAGGACGAGAACCAGAAGGUGAAGGACCAGAACGUCGAGGCUGCGGCCGCUGCCGUGGCCAAUGCCCUGGGUCAGACCAUCACUGGCGCUGUUACUCAUGCUAUGGCUGAGAUCGAGGCCGCCGAGCACCGCGGCAGCAUCUCCGGCCAGGAGAUGCUUUUCGCCCACAUCUUCGACGAGCUCAAUGAACUUGAGGCUCUUCGAGGCGGCGACGAUGUGGAGUGGACUGCCGAUGACCUUGAUGAUUACAAGGACAAGCACGACAUCCCAGACUUCUGA